AUGUCUUUAAUCGAUUCCUGCAAACACAAAUUGGAUGCUUAUACCCGUGUCGAUGAUGGUGUGAGUUCCUCUUCCGCCGUUACAAUGAGAUCUGACGUUAUCAACUCCGUCUCCGGUGCUCGAUCAGCAGCGUGUUCGGCUGAGUCAUCGAAAUCGCACUCUAGCCUACAGUUCCUUGUAAGAUUGUUUUCUGGAAUGAACACAUUAGUUAUUCGAGCGGAUGUUAACGAUACGAUUGGGUACGUUCUUGAUUUGAUACAAUCGAAAGCUGGAAUUCCAUCGAACGUGCAGAUGUUAAUUUAUAAGAGCAAGCAGAUUUACCCGGAGCAAACCCUGGGGGAAUGUUGUGUAGAAAAUGAUGCUGUGCUACAGUUGGUUGGAGUCAUGCGGAGUACUCGUCUUGUCAAAGCUCAACAGUUAGUUGAUGAGAUUGUUUCAUUGAUUUGGAGAUUGUGUAAAAGAAAUUCGGGGAAUGAAGCUUGGGAUAGAGAAGCACGUCGCGUGAUUAGAAGAAACUUAUCUGAUUAUUUCGGAGAUUUUCUGCCGAAGGAUAAUGAUAAUUAUUUCGGUCAUUAUCUGCAGGUAUUUUGUUGUUCUCAUGUACCAGCUUCUUUAGCAAUGUUAUAUAUGUCUCCUCAAAAUAUGAUAUUUGGCAAUGAGUUGAUUCAAGAGUUGAUUACGUUAAUUUCUUUACUGCCUCGACAUCUCUCCCUACAAUGUAUACCAAUGUAUUUAGAGAUUUGCAAGGCGUUGCGUGGGAUGCCAUAUUACCGCAACGAUGCUAUGUUUAACACGUGCCGAAGAUGUCUUAGUGACAUGGUCAAAUGUACCAAGAUGAAGACUGCACCGAAUGGAGCUGGCUAUGCUUAUCUUGUUAAUUUUAUAAAAGACAUGCAAACUUUUGUUGCAGAGGCUGCCGAUGAGAUAGUUCAUUCUAUGGAUGCUGGUAUAGAACCGGAUACAAGGAUGAGUCCCUCACAUCCUUUAUUGACUGAGGUUGUCUAUCUCAAAAACUUUCUGAUGCCUGUAGAAACAUUUAUUACAGAGGAGCUAUUCUUUGAGUUUCGAUACAGAAAGGUAUCUCAGGAUGGUCCUUAUCAAGAAUUUAGUAUCAUGGUUGAGACUUUCUUUAGGCUGCUGAACAAGAUGGAUUCAUGUCUUGAAGAACUGGAGAAGUUAUUGCCGACUAAGAGUGAAAAUCUUGGGUGCUACCAGUAUGUUGCAAUCAUAAUGGAGCUGAAUAAUAUGUCUAAGCACUUCCCAGACUUAGCAAAACAGUUUUGGACAACUUUGAGGAAUAGGAAGCUUUCUUUCUGCUAUUUAAUUAUUAAAUAUGCUAGCAAGGAGGAUGAUUAUGAAUGGAUUUCGGUGCAUAAAGAGGUGACAAAUUUUGAGUGCAGAAGGCAUUUGGCAAUGAUGUUACUUGCACGAGUUAGUGAUGAGGAUAACAACCUGAUCCAAGAGAUCAUGCUAAUUGACAGAUCACGAUUGUUGGAGGACUCUUUUGAAUACAUUGCACACUCCGAGGCUGAAACACUUCGAGCUAGUUUAGAUUUGCAGUUUAAAGAUGAGGAAGCUACUGGCCCUGGUGUUCAGAGGGAGUGGUUUGUCUUAGUUUGUCAAGCCAUAUUUGACCCUCGAAAUGCCCUCUUUGUAGCUUGUCCAAAUGAUCGUAGAAGGUUUUUUCCGAAUUCAGUGUCUAGGGUGGAUCCAUUGCACCUAGAAUACUUCAAGUUUGCUGGAAGAGUAAUUGCAUUGGCCUUAAUUCGCAAAGUUCAGGUUGGCAUUGUCUUUGAUAGAGUAUUUUUUCAACAACUGGCCGGAAAGAAAGUUUCUGUGGAAGACAUACGGGAUACAGAUCCAGUCUUCUACAGUAGUUGCAAGCGAAUUUUGGAAAUGGAUCCAGAUGAAGUUGAUCAAGAUGCUCUAGCUUUAACUUUUAUUGUCGAAGCAGACAACUUUGGAUCCAAAAAUAUUGUGGAGCUCUUGCCUGAUGGAAAAAAUAUUUCCGUGAAUAGUAAAAAUAGAGUAAACUAUGUUGCUCGGCUUGUUCAAUAUCACUUUGUUGAUUCUGUUAAGGAUCAGGUAGCUCAGUUUACUCAAGGGUUUGACGAUAUCAUGAAUUCGGACAGGCUCCGGGAAUCAUUUUUCCAAUGCUUAGAACUUGAAGAUUUUGAUUGGAUGCUGUAUGGCAGUGAAAGACCUCUAUGUGUUGAGGAUUGGAAGUCUCACACUGAUUACAAUGGCUAUGAGGAAACUGAUCCUCAGAUAUCUUGGUUCUGGGAGACUGUGGCGAGUAUGUCAGCAGGGCAGAGAAAAGCUCUACUAUUCUUUUGGACGUCGCUGAAGAAUCUACCUGUAGAAGGUUUUGGUGGCUUAACUUCCAGGCUAUGCAUUUACAAGGUGAACGAGACGUGCAAUCGCCUUCCAACUUCUCAGACGUGCUUCUAUCGGUUGUGCUUUCCUCCUUACCAAUCGUUGGAAGUCAUGCAAGAUCGUCUCAGCCUCGUUACCCAGGAGCAUGUUGCCUGCAGCUUUGGGACUGCUUGAGAUAAACAUUACUCCAUAUGUCAGGGAUGUAAAUUCUCUUGGUGGCACAUACAAAAAUUAAUACAAGCAUUACAUAAUAUACAUUCUUGUCUGGU